GAGAGAAAUCGACCAGCAAGCUUCCAUACGACAUCUGCCCGCGGAAUAGCCAACUACACUAGUCUGAAUUCAGCGAGAUGACAUCUUCAAUGGAGAGCAACAUCUCUGCUCCCUGGAUGGACAGAGCUUGGAUCCAGGAAGUCCUGCGAGACGUGGAGAUGGAUCCAUCCUUGUCAGUCACCGACUGCCACGUGACAGAUGCCAGCAGCAAGGGCGACCACUAUCUCAGCGAGAUGCAAAGAAUCACUGUUCACCUGCAGCGCGCCGGCUGCACGAACAGCAGAAUGUCUCUGAUCGUGAAGAACCUUCCAGCAGGAGAAGAGAUGCGGAAGCAACUCGCUUGUUCCACCGCGUUCCCGAACGAGAUCAAAUUCUUCAGCCAGAUUUUGCCCAAAUUUGAAGCCAUCCUGGAAAGCGCAGCUGCGGGUUGUUUCAAACCGCUCGCGGCCAGACACAUCCACUCCCGGGAUACCGUUCCGUACUUCCUGGUCGUCACCGACUUGGCCCCUGAAGGUUUCAGGAUGGCGGCGAGACAGCGAGGUCUGGAGCUCGACCACUGCUUGCUUGCCAUGAAGGCACUAGCAAGGCUGCACGCUGCGUCAGUUGCUCUGCGGGACAGCGACCCGCUGCUCGUCGAGUCCAUGAAGGAGAACAUUUUCUCAGAAGAACCACCGUCUGGCAUCCUGCAAGGUUUCUCGAAACCCAGCAUUGUUUCCAUCGCCAAACUAGUUCGGCAGUGGCCCGACGGUGGCGAGGCGACGGCCACUAAGCUGCUGGAUCUAGCCGACACGUUCUGCCAACGAUUGAGGCAACAACUUUCACCUGAAGGCAACCGCUUGAACGUGUUGAUACACGGCGACCUGUGGACCAACAACAUGCUGUUCAAGUACAACGACGUGACCGGCGGCGUGGAAGACAUCAGGCUGGUGGACUUCCAGCUGGCCAUGUACUCCUCCUGCGCCAUCGACCUGCAGUACUUCAUCCACACGAGUCCGAGAGACGAGGUGCGGGUCGCCCACACAGAGGACAUACUCCGGGAAUACCACAGAGAGCUGAGCUCCACCCUGCAACUGCUGGGGCAGGCGGGCAAGGCCGUCACCUUCCGGGAGCUGAUGGACGAGUACGAGAGGAAAGGCGUUUACGGGUUCCUCAUAUCACUGUUCGUUCUCCCGCUUUUCAUGGCAGAUUGCGAGAAUGCUGCUGAUACAGAAGUACUAAUGAGUGGGUGCAAUUACUCAGAAUCCAGCGAUGAAAGAUCUUCUAACAAAGAAUUCGUGAAAGUAAUGAAGAGGCUUUUGCCUUUGUUUGAAAAGAAAGGCUUCUUCUGACUGAUCAAAGUAUAACUUUAUUGUUAUAUUGAAUAUUUUAUUAUUCAUUUUGUUGGUAUUGUUUAUUAUAAUUGCAGGGAUGAAACAUUCAAAUAGCUUUUAAGCAUUUUUUUGGCCAGUUGGUAUUUUACAAUUAACGUGUUGUUACUGUUAUAUAAAACUAUAUUCGUAUGUAAAGUUUCUCGUCCGGUUUUUUUGCAGUAAAUUAUUUUAAUAUG